UUUUUCCUGCGUCUGCUUCAAUCGAGAGAGAUCGCAGUGUGUGUCAGAGAUGUCAUUGCGUGGACGGCGACGAAGCCACUACGGUAACGUUCCAACAUCGUUCGGAGGAGCCGCUUGGAGCUGGCUGUGGGAGUGGCUAUGGUAGAUUCUAGCGGAACUUUCACAGCGGAUUGAGAGAGUGAACUCGUGACAAGCCUUGCGGUCGAGGGGGUUGACGGUCUUUGUUGUUCGAUGAGGGAUAUGAUGGUGUAGGUACUGUUCUCAUGAUUGUUUCGCCUGGUUGUAGCGGUUGGAGGUAUUGGUAUUUCGCCGAAGUAUUGAGUGAUGAAGAAAUCGUUAAGAGCCUGUGGCAUUGUACCUGCAUCAGUGGCUGACACUUGAAAGUCGAGUCGUCGAGGGUUUAGAGUGGACAGGUGCUGUGCCCUGGGCACGCUGCGUUGUGUGAGUCCUGGGUUGCGGGUUUGGAAGCGCGGCUACUUCGACUUGUGAAAUUUCGAUAGUCGGGAGCGGACAAGUGGAAGAUCUCCUCAGAUUUGGUGCUUGCUUCUGCUGGAAAAUCCGUGUUUUCGUCUAUUAAUAAGUUUGCGAGUAAGAACUGUGAGUGGGAAGCAGUAGCGUUAGCCUUAUGUAACGAACUUGGCGUGAACAAGAAAUAAACCCGUGGAGACGUUAGGUGCGAACAACCGAGAAAAAAUAGGCAUUGAAGCUGCUACUGGCGGUUUGAAUAUGUUGAUGAAAACAUAUUUACUAGCUUAGCUGAAAGUAAGGCGAAUUUACUUCUGAAAUGGCUAUAAUGACGCGACACAUAGUCGAAGCUCUUCCAUCCGUCGACGGACAAUGCGUGGGAGCAUACUGUCCGCUUCUGAAAACUAAUCGGUCAGUUGUUGACGUUGGGAGCCCCAGAUUUCGAGCACAAAGCCAUGGCUCAAGCCCUACUACACGGAAGAAACCCUCAGUCCGUGCCAGUUCGUUUGAAAAGAAAGGCCCGACAUGGGUCGCAGCUACAAUGUUGCAGAGCGACCUCUUAGUCGAGGUUGCUGACAUGAGCUUCCACUUGCACAAGUUUCCAUUGUUGUCGAGGAGCGGACGACUGAACCGACUUGUGUUCGAAUCACGCGACACUGAGAAAGAUCACAUCAAGUUGGACAACUUGCCAGGAGGGCCUGCGGCGUUUGAGCUUGCAGUGAAGUUUUGCUAUGGCAUUCCCAUUACGAUCACCAGUUCCAAUGUGGCUGCUCUCCGCUGCUCUGCUGAGUAUCUUGAAAUGACUGAGGAUUUGGAGGAAGGAAAUCUCGUAUUGAAGACCGAGGACUUUCUGAGCACCGAAGUUCUGACGUCAUGGUCUGACUCAAUUACAGUGUUGAGAACGUGUGAGUUGCUAUCACCUUGGGCGGAAAAUUUACAGAUUGUGAAAAGGUGUAGUGAGUCUAUUGCGUGGAAAGCAUGUACCGAUCGACGAGGAAUUCGUUGGUCCUAUUCCAGCGCGAGUUCAGAAGCUUCAAGCCCACCUUCGAAGUACAAUGAAUCAGCUAAGAGUAGCACCUCAUCAAGAGGAUUACCUCAAGACUGGUGGUUUGCGGAAAUGGCCGAACUCAAUCUUACCAGCUUCAAAAUUGUCAUGGACGCAAUUGCUGCAAAGGGAAUGCGACACGAUAUGAUGGGAUCUGCUGUUCUUUACUAUGCUCACAGAUGGUUACCAAGUCUCUCUUCUUGCUCUUUAGAAAACCCUGAGUCGCCUGCUUUCAGAGAAAACUCACCUUCAAAGGAUAAGAAGAAAAACAAGAUGUCAUCUGCUUACAAGAGAGAAGCUGGUCACAUCGGUGCUUCAGGGCCUGGUCUUCUGGGCGACGCUAAUGAAGACGUACUUCCCCACCUUCAAGAGAAAAAUAUUCUUGAAGGAAUAGUUCAAUUGCUGCCUCCGCAGAAAGACUCUGUCUCAGUAAGUGGAUUGCUGCGCUUGCUACGAGUUGCUGUCAUUCUGGAUGCUAGCGCUGACUGCAAGGAAGAGCUCGAAAAGAGGUCGGGUAUGCAGCUGGAUCAAGCUACCUUAAGUGACCUAUUGAUUCCAUCAUGUCCUUUCAGAGGUGAAACAGUAUAUGACGUCAGAACUAUUCACCGGUGCUUGGAUCACUUCUUGGUUCAGGACCAUAUCCAAACAGUCUCUCAACGGGAAGUGCUUCCGAGCUCUGGUAGAGACAAAAAUGGCGAUGUGUACGACACUUCACAUUUACGGCCGCCUGUUGGUCCUCAUACUGCGAAGAUGAAAGUGGCAAAACUCAUGGACAGUUUCCUGGCAGAAAUUGCGAAAGAUGGCAAUUUAUCAUUUUCCAAGUUUCAAGCUCUUGCAGAAGCACUUCCAGAAUUUUCUCGAAUUACUGAUGAUGGACUCUACCGAGCAAUCGACACAUUUCUUAAGGCGCAUCCUGGAUUAAGCGAACAUGAGCGGAAAAAGCUAUGUCGUAUGAUGGACUGCCAAAGGCUUUCGCUGGAGGCGUGCAUGCAUGCGGCUCAAAAUGAACGACUCCCGCUCAGAAUAGUUGUUCAAGUGCUUUUCAGCGAGCAAUUGAAGCUCCGGAAUGCAAUCUCUGGUACCACACUUGCAAGAACGGAACAUUCUUCAGAAUCCCCCUUGCUACAAGCUCCAUCAUGUAGCUCUACCGCCACAACGCUGAGGCCGACUGUUCCAAUACAAGACAGCGUCAACUCCCAGAUGGAUAUCAGAGCUCUACAACAAGACGUCAUGUUUAUGAAGACCAGAUUUGCAGAGCUUCAGAAGGAUUACGCACAAGUAAUACAACAGGUGGAGAAGUUAACAAAGCAGAAAGGCUCCUGGAUGAAACGAUUGUUUCAUUCCAAGGAUAGCACAGAGAGCAAUUCAACGACACACCCUCGGUGGAGCAGACCAUUCAGAAACUCAAUCACAUAGCCUGGACACAGCAUGAGCUGGCCGCCUCUUGUACAAUUUCCCCUACCUGGAAUUCUUUCCAACGCCAUGAAGAAUGAGCGUAUAGUGUAUUGAGAUAAUUGAACAUGUACUUUUAUGUGACAUUUAGAAUACGAAACCAACCGCUAAUUAGUGGAACCAGGUCACAGACCCUCUCACACUGUCCUCGAGACAUCUCCGUCAUUUAUAGGCAUCAGACCAGAGUAGUAGGAAGUGGGAGUUGCGCUCCUGGUGAUUUUUGAGUAUCUCAGUUGUAUAUUAUUCACAAAGUGGAAUUUGUAUAAAUCAUGUAGCUGCAGUCAGUCUCCUAGCCGGCUGCUUCCUGGGUGAUUUUCAACACAUCGAGAGUGUUGUUGGGUUGGAAUGUGGCGCCUGUGAACUAGAAGUUCAGUGGUACUAGGUUGCUGCGGGACCUGGACAACAAAUGAGCAGGGUGUAAUAGCAGAAGGGUGUAUGAGCAAGUCAUCCAUCACCACCCGCUUAUCAAUGAAUCAAUGGGUAUCAUUGUGCACAGCAGUCUAGAUCCUAUAACUAUAUAGGUAAUGCGCAUUUAUUUCUCUACCGAGUAACCAUUUGAGGAAAGCAGGAAUGCUUAUUUACCUAUUUAAUAGAUUUAUAAUUUUGAUAUUA